AUGGUCAACGUCGUUCUAGGGUCACAGUGGGGUGACGAAGGUAAGGGCAAGCUCGUGGAUUUGCUGGUAAGCAAGUAUGACAUUGUAGCGCGGUCCGCCGGGGGCAAUAAUGCUGGACACACAAUUGUUGUGGGGGGAAUCAAGUACGACUUCCACAUGUUGCCUUCGGGGCUGGUCAACCCUAAUUGCCAGAACUUGAUCGGCAAUGGUGUGGUUAUUCACGUGCCGUCGUUUUUCGGCGAGUUGGAACAGCUAGAGGCCAAGGGUCUGCGGGACGCGCGCGGGCGGCUUUUCAUUUCAUCGCGGGCGCAUUUGGUGUUUGACUUCCACCAGCGUACGGAUAAGCUCCGGGAGCUCGAGUUGUCUGGGAAGUCCAAGGACGGAAAGAACAUCGGCACUACAGGAAAAGGUAUUGGUCCAACCUACUCCACCAAAGCUUCACGUUCUGGACUUCGUGUGCACCAUCUCGUCAGCGAGCAGCCAGAGGCUUGGGCGGAAUUUGAGACGAAAUACCGCCGACUACUGGAGACUAGACAACAACGCUAUGGGCCCUUUGAACACGACGCAGAAGAGGAGCUUGCUCGUUACAGACGCUACCGGGAAGAGCUUAGACCGUUUGUUGUGGACUCUGUAGUCUUCAUGCACAAUGCGAUUCAGCAGAAAAAGAAGAUUCUGGUUGAGGGCGCCAAUGCUCUGAUGCUGGAUAUUGACUUUGGCACUUAUCCAUACGUCACAUCUUCAUCGACUGGCAUCGGUGGUGUCCUGACAGGUUUAGGCAUCCCACCUCGCUGUAUCGAUGAGAUAUAUGGUGUAGUGAAAGCAUACACGACACGUGUGGGCGAGGGUCCAUUCCCAACGGAGCAAUUGAACGAGGCAGGGGACAAAUUGCAGACCAUUGGCGCCGAGUAUGGUGUUACUACAGGUCGCAAGCGCCGGUGUGGCUGGCUCGAUCUGGUUGUGCUAAAAUAUUCUACCUUGAUCAAUGGGUUCACAAGUUUGAAUAUAACUAAGCUUGAUGUUUUAGAUACGUUCAAAGAGAUCAAGGUGGGGAUUUCAUACUCCCUCAAUGGUAAGAAGCUUGAUCUGUUCCCUGAGGAUCUGCUCGUCCUCAGUAAGGUGGAUGUUGAGUAUGUUACUUUACCAGGAUGGGACGAGGAUAUCACCAAGAUCUCCCGCUACGAAGAUCUUCCAGAGAAUGCCAAGAGUUACUUGAAAUUCAUUGAGGACUUCGUUGGCGUACCUGUUGAAUGGGUAGGUACCGGUCCUGGGAGGGAAAGCAUGUUGCACAAGGAAGUUAGUUAG